AUGGAGUCGCCAUUUCCCAAGUCAUCAUCUGCUGCUGGAGAGGGCCAGAUUGUUGCCCAGCUCUUACCAAACGGCCUUUCGGGCCUCCAGACCAUGUCAUAUCAGUACCCGCUGAAACUCAUAUCCCCAUCUCCGGCAGCCGACCAGAAAUGCGUCUUGGUCUUUCUCCUGUCUUACGGGGGCGGGCUCGUCGGUGGCGAUAGUGUGAGCCUGUCUAUCAGCGUCCUUCCCGGGGCAAAACUCGGCAUCGUCACUCAGGGCCACACCAAGAUUUUUAAGUCCCCGUCUCCCGACGUAGUCACGCGCCAGAAGCUUGAAGUCCACAUUGGCGAGGGCGCAGGUCUCUGUCUUUUGCCGGACCCCGUGCAGCCGUUUGAUGGAAGCGUAUACGAACAAACUCAAGUUUUUACAGCAGCGCCUACUGCCUCCUUAUGCCUCUUGGACUGGGUGACGCAAGGCAGAACGGCUCGCGGUGAGGACUGGAGUUUCAUUAGGUGGACAGGGCGAAACGAGGUUUGGUCAUCGGUAGACACGGCAGGGAGUAAGAACCGUCUACUUGUCAGAGACACGGUGAUCUUGGAUAGGGAUAGUCAAGACCUGGCAGGCAGAUCUUUACGGGACUCUAUGCACGGGAAUGGGCUAUUUGGUACUCUAAUAUUGCGUGGCCCUCAAAUGCAGACGGUAGGCAACUUCUUCCUCGACGAAUUUGCGGCUCUGCCCCGACUAGGUGCGAGGGAUUUCAGAUCAGCAGAAGCGCGAGCGAAGGAGGAAAGCAACCUAUCCGAGAUGGAGUUAUGGCGACUGAAGCGCAUUGAAAUGGAGACAAGACAAGGUAUCUUAUGGUCAGCAGCGAGGGUAAGGGGCUGUGUGAUUGUGAAAUUUGGAGCGAGCACCGUCGAAGCUGGGCGGCUAUGGAUUAGCAGCAUGCUCGCCCGGGAAGGCAGCAUCUCGAGUAUUUUUGGCGAGCAAGCAUUGUUAUGUGUAAAGUGA